AGAGAGAGAGUUUCAGUCACAGAUUCACUGCAUAUUAUGGGUGGUGGUCGUGGAACGACAAUGAUGGCCGGAGGAGGAGGAGGAGGAGGAGGUGGGGCAGAGGAGCAGUAUGUAAAGGCGAAGACGUCGGUAUGGUGGGACAUUGAGAACUGUCAAGUUCCAAAAGCCUGCGACCCACACGCGAUCGCACAGAACAUAAGUUCCGCGUUGAGCAAGAUGAACUACUCUGGUCCCGUCUCCAUCUCUGCUUAUGGAGACACUAACGGUAUCCCUGCACCCGUCCAAAAGGCCCUAUCCAGCACCGGAAUCGCUCUCAAUCACGUCCCCGCCGGAGUUAAAGAUGCCAGUGAUAAGAAGAUUCUUGUAGAUAUGCUGUUUUGGGCAGUGGAUAAUCCUGCUCCAGCAAAUUAUCUGCUGAUUUCUGGUGAUCGUGACUUUUCCAAUGCACUCCAUCAGUUGCGUAUGAGAAGAUAUAAUAUUCUUUUAGCACAACCGCAAAAUGCAUCUGCCCCGCUUCUUGCUGCAGCAAAGAGUGUCUGGCUUUGGACAAGUCUUCUGGCUGGAGGACCACCGCUUCCAAAUGGUGAAUCAUUUGAGCCUUCUAGUAGUAAUGGUUUAACCAACUCUGACAUCUUACAAAGACCAACAGCUGACCUUGGACAGAUAAACCACUUUGUCGAUUCUAUUUCUGAAAGCUCUACAUUUGGAAGUCAAAAAUUCUCCACCAACGAAAGGAUUGGUGAUAAUAAAUAUAAAGGGAAACCAAUUCAGAAAAAUCCAAGCCUACCCAACAUAUCAAGAGCCUCAAGUGUGCCAGUUGGGAUUCCAGGGGGUCAAACCAAUGGAAACGGUACCCAACCUGGGUAUUUACAAGCAAAGCAGUUCAAGGAAGCACCUCACGAAUUCUUUGGUGCUCACAGGCAUAAAGCCCCCAUAAACUUCUCAAACAACAAUUAUCAGCAUCAGUUUCCACCGACAUUAAGGCCAGCGAACAUCCCUAUGCAACAUUCUUUUACACCGGGUAAUCUGUUUCCGAAUUCUCAGAACUAUCAAUCUUCUCAAGUCCCUCUAAGGCCUGAUGGGCCCUCCUUUACCUCUGGUCAGCCUACAAACGUCCUUGAUAUCAGCAGUAAACUGAAUAUUUCCGAACAAUCUACCAGCGUUCACAAUCCUAGUAGUUUUCAACAACGAAAUGUUGGGGAGCUCAAACCAAAUUCUAUUAUGGAGUCUUACCCUCCAAGUUUAAAUGUUCCACAAAAUGGACAUAUGUUGCACAACACCCCACCUUUUUACCAUGACCAAUUGAACAAUAGGUACCCUUCUCGGGGACCGGAGUUUCCUCCCCCGUCUUCCUCUCCAAUGGGUGGUAACCCUGUACCCACUAAUGGUGUUUGGGGAACCCCAGGAUGCCCAAAGCCUUCUGAAUAUGUCCAAGGCCUUAUAGGGGUUGUAUUACUCGCCUUGAACACCCUAAAAAAUGAUAAGAUGACACCAACUGAAGUGAACAUAACCGAUUGUAUUCGUUAUGGAGAUCCCAGGCAACGAAAUACGGAUGUUAGGAAGGCCCUGGACUGUGCCAUUGACCAACAAAUGGUAGUGAAACAAAUUGUAGGUGCAUCACAGUAUUAUGUGGGUAAGAAUGAGAAGCUUUGGAAGUGUGUGAACCCUAUUGGUGGUAAUCCUAAGCAUUAUCCAAAAAUAAUAUGGGAUGGAAUCCAAAAAUUUCUGAGUUCCUCAGUUGGGCGCUCUGCUAUGAUGGCUUCAAAUUGCAGGUAUGAAGCAGCUAUAGUCCUAAGGAAAUUGUGUUUGAAAGAUCUUGUACUGGGUGAUAUACUCAAGAUAUUGAAUAUGAUUACGGACAGUAAGAAGUGGAUUGUCCCUCAUCAAUCGGGAUGGCAGCCAAUUACUAUUACUGUUGCAGAGAUUGAUGCCGAUGUAGGUACCAAACCUAGUGCUUGAUUUGAGAAGCGCAGUUAUGGUUGAGGGUACCUGGACGUUAGAAGUAAAUACUAUCACUAUGGAUAAAAGGAGGGUCUCCUACUGGCAAUGAUUGUGGAUAAGUUUCUGUGUGUUUUGGUUAUUACAGAAGGUGGACCAAGCAAUCAGGGAUGCCAUUUUCUUCCUCUAUUUUAGUUUUGAUUUUCAGUGGAGUUCUUUGCUGGUAUCAGGAAAAUGAAGUACUUGGAAGUGCUGCAUACAUUAGAGAAAUAACAACCCGUAUGAAGCAUUGCAGCAGUAGGUAGCUUUAUGAGAUUAUGAGGGUUUCAUCAAUUGUGAGUUCAAUUAAAUCUUGUGCCUCGGUUAGUGGUUGCUUGAUCACUGUCUUCAUUCAGUGGAGUUGGUUUACACCAUCACAGAGGAAGCUCUAUGCCAGCAAUAUAAACCUUCAAAGUGAGUUGAUUCAGCAUGGUCUAGUCUCAACAUUUAACCUAUCGAAACAGGGUAAUCAACCAGGAGUUCAAUGCCAGCAAUAUGAACCCUCAGGCGAGUUCCUGGUGAGAUUAGUUCAGUUUGUGUCUACUUUCUCAAUGAGAGAUUUGACAGUUUGCUUUUGCCAGACUAA